AGAUGAAUGCUAUAUAAAUGAUGGACGUGUACUACAACGCUCACAAUGCGGGACACCUCAGUUCGGGAAUGUUUGGGGGUUCUGCCCCCUUGCACCCCCUAUCCUCCCCUGCACCCUCACAUUCCUCUUGCUCCAUCAUGCAGGCCCCAAUGUCGGACGUCUUCAAUUCCGAGUACAUGAACAACAUGCAAGCACACAGUAUUGGGACUCAUUGCUCUAAAUCACCCACCCCCUUUGGUGUCCAGGAUAUUUUAGGAAUGCCGCAGGUUGAGCAGAGCAGACACCAUAAAGUGCCUGUGGUUCACAUAGCUAAGAGAUAUGACGGUAACAGGAAUAGCUCGUUUGGAGCAGCUUUUGUAUCGGAGGAUGACUACGACAAGAUCGUAGCAACGGCAGAUGUGCUGGAUGAAGUAACGGCCCUAAGGCUCGGUCUAGAAUAUGAAGCUACGAUUCCUAUUGGUCCGCUGAGGAGACACCGGAAAGAAAGGAAAGCUAGGACUGUGUUUACGAACGAUCAGCUUCAGUUGCUUGAGAACCGCUUCAGGUCUCAGCCAAGACUGUCAAGUUUAGAGCGGGAGGAGCUAGCCGAACAGAUCCAGCUUUCAGCAACUCAGAUCAGAGUUUGGUUCCAGAACAAGCGUGCCAAGAUGAAGCGAGACAAGAUGCAAGUGGAAGAAGAGGGACAUCAAUACUCAAAUUCCGUUAUCUGAAGUCCUCCUCCCCACGAUAACCAACCACUCACACGGCGGAAUUGUUGCAUGCUCCUUAGCCAACCAUGGAGCUUCGCGUCAGUUACGUGACGACGAUCGACCAAUCUGUGUGACCUAUCAGCAGCACGUGAUAUUGCACUGAGUUCGUUGCACGUGAGUCGUGAAGUAGAGGAGCAGAGACGACCUCGUUAGAAUGCUGCCAGAUGAGAUUAGGAACUGAUUCUGUGUAUAUGUGAAUAAAGAUUUUGAUUAGGCUGCAAAGAACAACGACAAUUUAGGAUUGUGACUCUAAAGUGUCUACUUAUAAGUUACUAAGGUGUCUGGUUUAUUUGAACAGUAAUAAUUUCCCUUAAACUUUUAAGCCUUUAGACGUCCAAGAUUUCCGUUUUUAUUACCUCAUAGUUUUGGUAGCUGCAUAAACUAAGAUUAUCAACGAGAAAGUUUCCCAGUUUAUGGCUUAUGUCCAACUCUAAAUUGGGUAGUUCAUUUAAGAGAAUGUACGUAACAGACCAGUAACCUCCCCUCAUUUACUUGUUGCCUGGAUCAUAAUCAUUGACAUUUAUUGUGGAUUUCAAGGUUUUAUUAAUGAUAAUAAACUUGUGUAUUAAAUGAUAUUGCCCCUAAAAUAAGUGGAACCCCACUGGAUUUAAUACAAAUACAUGUUUUUCAGUUGACAGAUCUGAUUACAAUGAACUUGAUAUUGCCUCGAUUAAAUUGUUAAACGCGUUGUUUUAACUUGAAACCUUAUGCAACAUCAUUCCUUUUAUAUUGACGCUGAUCCCGGGAUCGAAGUAAGACAGGGUGUUUAUGUCAAAUCACCCUGAGGGAUCCAUUACCUCUUUAAACGACACUGACUUUCUUGACAUGGGAGUUUAUCGUUAAAUGCUGCGAAACUGGUAAUCAUAUAAGAGACAAUAAUCUGUCAUAUCUGCGGUAUAUAAUUAGAUAUAUGUACAAUGUUUGACAUGCUUUAAUCGG